AUGGCCCUCCAGGAAAAUGACAAGGAGAAGGCUGUCUCCGAAAUUGUCGUCGCUAAGACGAUUGAGACCAUCGGUCAGCAACUCACGCGACUCGCCAAAGAGACGCCGCCCUUCUACAAGAGCCACAGUCUCUUCAUUCUCCAUAUGCUGAUCAUUCCAGGAUGUCUGAUGCCUGCUGUAACUCUCGGGUUUGACGCCGCCAUUAUGAACGAUUUUGACAAGCCACGCGGCGCCAUCCUUAGACUUCUCAAUGCUGUCAUCGGACUUUGUUGUAUUGUCGCAACGCCCUUUAUUAGUUUCGUUGCUGACCGCUGGGGCCGUCGUUUUGGCAUCUUCUUUGGCGCUGUCAUCAUGUUGAUUGGCGGUGUGAUUCAGGGUGCUUCUAUCAACAUCGCAAUGUUCGUGGUGUCACGUUUCAUCAUCGACUUCGGGCUGGUUUUUGCCAACACGUACGCACCAAUGUUGAUUGGAGAACUGGCUCAUCCGAAGGACCGGCAGGUCAUCACCUCGCUGUACCAGACAUCCUGGUAUCUCGGUGCCAUUCUAGUCGCAUGGACGGACUUCCUCUUCAAGUAUCAUUGCAACGGCGACGACGAGUCGCCCCUGGCCGAUCUGGAGUAUCGCGAGAUGCGUGCCGUGAUCGAGGCCGAAAUAGCGAACAAUACCGGCUGGCGUUCUCUGCUCAAGACCCCUGGUAACCGCCGCCGCAUCCUCGUCCUUGUCCUUCUCGGCCUGUUCUCGCAAUGGUCCGGCAAUGGUCUCGUCUCGUACUAUCUCGUGCGUGUGCUCGAAACAGCUGGCAUCAACAACAAGCGCCAUGUCAACAUAACCAACGGCUGCCUCAUGAUCUUCAACUGA